GGGAAACCAAAAAAUUCGUGUGACUCGACUUACUGCAAUAUUUGAUUUACUGUGGUGACUUGGAACCGAACCUGAAAUAUCUCCAAGAAGUUUGAAGAAUGAAAAUCAGCUCUUGCCCAAGGGCACAGAGCUGAGUGGGUCUUGGACCCCGCUGGAUGCCACAUUGGCCAGCCCUCCUCCCUCUCCCCACGGACGCCCAGCAUCUCUGCAAAUGUGCAGCUGCCCGAAGGAAGUGCUGCAGGCCCUGAGGGGAAGGCGGCGAGACGGCGGUGAGACAACAGCAGCUGCACAGCAACUCAGCCACCAGGCCAUCUUUAGGAGGCUGCAGCGCAUUGUGGGAGAGAGCACUUGACUUGGAGUCUGGGUUUGCGUUUCAGCUGCCCACUGGCCUGCUGAAGAACCCCGGGAAAACCCUUGUGUGGUAUUCAGUUUUGCCACGGUCAAUGGAACCUUCUUGAGAGUCAGGGCGGGAGCCAGUUCUUGGAGGAGACUCGGUACAGGACAUGGAUCGCUGCGGGGCCCUUUUCCUCUGCCUGUGCCUCUUGAUGUUUCAGAGCAGAACAGAGGAGGCAUCCCAAGAAAUCCUGCGCUGGAUGAAGAGAAUGGAGACGGCAGCCAGGAGCCGGAGCCUCACUUCUUUUGCUGAGCUCAUCCAUGGCCUAGAGUCAAGGCUACUCAAUGCCAGCUUUGGGGGCCAUAACCUCACUUUGCGGACGCAUACCAUCCAGACACUAGCCUUCAAGCUGGGCUGCAACUUCACUGGCCUCUCACUGGGAAGUGCUGCUCUGCAGCAGGUCCCCCAGGUCAGAGGUGGCCAGGGAUUGGGGGUCCCACUCGCCAUGCAGUUCCCAGCUGAGCUGACUCAUGAUGCCUGCAGGGUGCGCCCCAGGGAGCUGACUCUCAUCUGCAUCUACUUCUCCAACACCCGCUUUUUUCAGAAAGACAUCAAUUCAUCUGUGCUCAAUAACUAUGUUCUGGGGGCCCAGCUGAGCCAUGGACAAGUGAGCAACCUCCGUGAGCCGGUGAACAUCAGCUUCUGGCACAACCAAAGCCUGGAAGGCUACACGGUGACCUGUGUCUUCUGGAAGGAGGGAGCCAGCAAGCACCACUGGGGGGCCUGGAGCACUGAGGGCUGUCGCACAGAGCAGCCCUCACCCUCCCAGGUGCUCUGCCGCUGCAACCACCUCACCUACUUUGCUGUUCUCAUGCAACUCUCCCAGGCCCCGGUCCCUGCAGAGCUGCUGGCGCCCCUCACAUACAUCUCCCUGGUGGGCUGCAGCAUCUCCAUCGUGGCCUCGCUGCUCACUGUCCUGCUGCACCUCCUUGCCAGGAAGCCGAGUGAUUCCAUUACGUGCAUCCACGUGAACCUGCACGCCUCGGUGCUGCUCCUCAAUGUCGCCUUCCUGCUGAGCCCAGUGCCGGCCGUGCCCCCCGUGCCUGAGUCAGCAUGCGUGGCACUGGCUGCCACCCUGCACUACGCGCUGCUCAGCUGCUUCACCUGGAUGGCCAUUGAAGGCUUCAACCUCUACCUCCUACUUGGGCGCGUCUACAACAUCUACAUCCGCCGAUAUGUGCUCAAGCUCUGUGCCCUGGGCUGGGGGGUCCCGGCCUUCCUGGUACUGCUCCUUCUUGCCGUCAAGAGCUCAGUUUACGGACCCUACAGGAUCCCGCUCUCCGACAGCCAGGGGAACAGCACGGGCUCCCAGAACACGUCCAUAUGCUGGGUGCGGGACGCCUGGGUGCACGGUAUCCUGGUCAUGGGCUCUGGUGGCCUCACAUCCCUUUUCAACCUGGUGGUGCUGGCCUGGGCGCUACGGGUCCUGCACAGACUGCGGGCGCAGGAGAAGGCGCUGGGCCCCCGGGCCUGCUGGGAUACCGUCACCGUGCUGGGCCUCACCGUGCUGCUGGGCACCACCUGGAUCUUGGCCUUCUUCUCCUUUGGUGUCUUCCUGCUGCCCCAGCUCUUCCUCUUCACCACCUUCAAUUCGCUCUACGGUUUCUUCCUCUUCCUGUGGUUCUGCUCCCAGAGGCGCCACUCAGAGGCAGAGAUGGAGGCAUUCAACUCCUCCCAGAUGGUGCAGUAGUCUGGACUGUCU